UCAGUCUAGACUGCGUCCUUCGAUGCACAGAAAUCCCGCGAGACUCAUCUCUAACUAUAUUAUACUCUAUGCCAACAUUUUUUUGUCACAGCUGGCUAACGACAGCGAAACAUCAUGACGGAUAGUGAUAAGAAACCAAUGUCACGCUUACUGAAGCUCGCUAACAGAUUCAACUGCUUCUACCUGUCAGGUUUUCAUGCAGGUGAAUGCAGAGCCUUUGUUGUUGACGGACAACAAGUUGGCCUUGUGCGUCCAGAUGUAAUGAAAGAAUUAUUAAACUAUCCACAGGUAUUUCAAGUACAUCCUGAGUACGUGCAAUUAAAUCCAGCAUUCAGAGAUUAUGCAGAGAGAAGUGCUAGAGUCGAGGAAGUUUUGAGAGAAUGGCGUGCAGGUGGAAAGUUCAUAACAUUAAGAGGAUGGAGAGAAGAGUGUUAUGAAGUACGCGCACAAUUCAAUACCCCACCACUAUUUAAAAUGGACCGGUCUGCCACAUGCUUGUUUGGAAUUCGUAAAUACGGAGUAGAUAUCAACGGAUAUGUUAUGGAUCCUGUGAAAGGUUUAUCAAUAUGGUUGCAAAAACGUAGUCCAAACAAGCAAACUUGGCCUGGCUACUGGGAUAACAUGGUGAGUGGUGGAUUGAGUGUUGGUUAUGGAAUCAAUGAAACCGCUAUAAAAGAGGCUGGAGAAGAAGCCAGUAUUCCCAAUAAUCUUAUUGCAAAAUUGAAGAGCGCCGGCUGUGUGUCUCUGUUUUUCGAAAGUGAAAGGGGUCUGUUUCCGAACACAGAAUUUGUAUAUGACCUUGAACUACCACCAGAUUUCGUUCCGAGCAACAACGACGGAGAGGUAGAGACUUUUGAAUUGCUUCCAGUUAACGAAUGUUUAGAAAGGAUACUGUCUUCGCACUUUAAAACAACGUCGGUGCCAGUCGCUCUUGACUUUUUAAUUAGACACGGAUAUAUCACAGCGGAAAACGAGCCUAAUUUUAUAGAAAUCGUGGAAUUGCUUCAUAUACCUCUGCAGACCAUUUACAAUCAUCCACAAAAAAAGUGUAAAAUAGCUGCAAAUGGCGAAGCAAUCGAAUCUCUAGACAGAAUUUAAGUUUAACUAGUCCUUAUAAUUUAAUAUCGCGUUUGAAAUUAAUUCGGACGAAGUUCGCUUUUUUUGUGGUUUCCUUGUAUUUGAUCGAUUUUUAUAGCAAAACAAAGAAAAAAAUGGUGCAGUUUUAUAUGUGUAAGGCUUGCAGAAUAUUUAUAAAUCACUAAAUAAUAGUUCAAUCCCAGAAUCGAUUCAGAGGAUUUUUAUGAAACUCUUAUUUCUAUAAUAUUAAAAAAUGAAAAAGAAAAAAAAAAAUACGUAAUUACAACAGGUAUAUUGAUCGUAACAUUUUUACUCAUAGAUAUAAUUCCUUUUGUUAUAACUUGAGUAGUUUUUAUAUAAUAAUGAUGAAAGUAUAGUACAUUUUUUAACAAUUCUUAUACGAAUUUCGAGAGCUAAAAGUAGUUAUUAUUAACUUAACGAGAGUUUCAUAGGGAAAAAAUUUUAAUUUAUGAGUGAGUUUAUUGAUAUUUAAUAAUUGUAAAAUUGGCACAAUACAUAGUAAUAAUUUGCGAAAUAAUUUUUAACAGUUUCAAUCAACGGUUUCAAAAAAAAAGGAAAGAAAAAAAAAAGCAAAUCACGUUGCAUCUUCCUCUGAUUUCUAUCAUCGAACUGAAUUUUUGCACAAUAACAAAAACGAAGAAAUUUUCGCCGAUCGUACGAAUAAUAAUCCAAACGUGUGACGUUUUGAUAUACAUCAGUGUUAAAUUAGAAGUAUUAUUCAAACAGCAUUCCAGAAAGCAUAGAUUAAGACUUCAGUUUCUAAGCGAGCAAAGGGGUGAAAAAGGAAAAGAAAGAACGAAAGAGUAACAAUAGUUUUUUCUAAUGUUUGUAAUCGAACUUUUGUACUAAAGAGAAACUUGUACACCUAACAGCAACAAUGAGUACAUAGAAUAUCAGUGCAGUAAUAUCUCAAUAUUCUGCGUAGGAUGUAAGAUGGAACUCAUUCACAGUAUUAUGAACGUGAAUGCACAGUAUACUGUUUGAUAUGUUUAGAAUAAAAAUUGAAAAAAGAAAAAACGAA